AUUCAUCAACAUCCCCACGUCAAAUUUUGUCGCGGAAGAGUAUAAGCCGUGUUCCCACUUGGUUUCACGGACGGAGAGACGUCGUGUCUUUUUUUUGUCGGUCAAGAAGUUAAUCAGCUGCCGCCGGGUAAUUGCACAGUGUUGAUGACCACGUCUCUGUUCGAAAACUUUAUCUUGUGCGCGUGCGUCAUCUGAAAGCGAGAUCUCGAGGCGGCCACCAAAAUAAACGAAUUUCAACAUGAACAUUCCUAAUGACGUUGUGUGAUGAGUCGAUAUUCGCACGUCGGGAUACAUCUCACAGGGAGUAAUAUAAGCGUGGAUCUAUUAGUAAGAACUGCUAUGCUCGUAAUGUUGGCGGCAUCCACUGAAUGUGUGAUACGCGUAGUGAUAUCCUACGCCCAAUACUGGCCUGAAAUGACUACCUAUGCAUCAACCACUUGUUGAGAGACCACAUCGCUGCGAUAUUUCUCCUACGCACAGUCGAAACCAUGAUGUACUUCUUUCUUUUUUUGUAAAUCUGCAACCAACUCGCCUUUUCGUCAUUGCUGGUGUCACGUACGUGUAAUUCCCGUUCGAGGAUCAUAUUUGUAUUGCCGUUCCGAAGGGCUAUAUUUGAAUUUCCUGUAAUGAACUGACUUAGUGUGCACAAAAUUCAGGCGAGUUCAAAUUGGCAUUUCUACCUUUGACGGACCAUAAGAUAUCAAAUCGGUGCGUGAAGUGCUCUUGAAAUGGCAAAAGUUGAUGAUUUGGUCUGCAGAUAGGAUGACCUUAUGAUUUGGCCUGACCUUUUGGAUGACCCCAAACGUAACCCGAUGAUGCUGACAGAUCGAACAAGAUGCGAGAAGGCAAAACUGUGAUGGUGAUAAUUUUGUUGUCACGUUAUACGUCGGGACAAAAACGCUCCUACAGGACGGGAAUUUCGGAUCCGUUGAGAUGUGCGGUUUUAACGCCAGCUAGCCCACAUUGCCCCCUCACCCCAUCCACGUGAACACUGAUUUGGAUCGGCGGAGGGCAGUUUUACACCGUAAGGAUGUAUUCCUUGGCCCCCCAUCAACUGAUGCUGGUCAUUAUUAACUGCAUCGCCUUGGUGCUUGGGGCUCCCGGCAACAUCUUGAUUCUGCAUGUCUACUUCGGCAAGCCUCGCAAGACCAGCACCCACAUCCUGAUCAUGGGGCUGGCCCUGAGUGAUCUCAUGUCCCUCUGCUUCACCUUUCCGUUGGAGAUCGUCUCCUGGAGUCUGGAGUACGAGAUGGAGGGUGGCCGGGCCUUUUGCCGUCUGGUGGGCUUCGGCUAUCAUUACUUCGCCCAGUGCUCGGUGCUGAUAACGGUAGCAAUCGCCAUCGACCGGUACAAUGCCGUCUGCCGGCCGCACCAGUGGAAGAUCACCACCGGCAGGGCCCAGGGGGUCGUGGCCAGUUGUCUCUUGCUCAGUGCUGUCACCAGCGUCGCAGUACUAUUCUCCUAUGAUAUUAAAACCAUCGAAGUUGAUGCCGACAAGGUGCAUUUUGAGUCGGACGAUGCAGUCGACCGUGUGAAUAUCACGCUGUGUGAUCGAAACGUCGAUGGCACAUUCCACAAGGCUGUGUUCAUACUCUACACUGUCUGGUUCGGGCUGCUGUUCUUGGUUCUGACUAUGGCGUACUUGAGGAUUUAUCUGACUAUACGGAAGCGUGUCAGCGGUGGCAUUGCCACCCAAGAGGAAGGUGAUGUGUCUCGCAUGAGAGUGGUACGGCCAGUGAUCCGGUUCAUAUCGCACUUGACUGUCGUCACGAACCGGGAAGGUAGUGCCGGCACACCAUCAGUUCAGAACAACACUGAAAACCCCAGUCCCAUCGACAAUGAUGCUAUCAACCCUGAAUUAGCCAGCCAUUCUACCAACUUCCUCCCGCCCAACACCCCUUCGAGAUCAUCCCAAGACGAGGAGAACUCACCCUUACCACGGGACGAGAAGUCGGCUACACUGAGCGGUAAGAGCACAAAUGCCUUUGCCCGCGCUCUCCUGCUUGCCGGCGAGGUGCCUCAUCGCCCGGUACUGCCCUCCAUCGUUCCAGCUCAAAACUCACACCUCAGGGUGACCGCGUCGCCCGCAGACGACAGGGGCAGGCCAAGCCCAGUAUCCAAGCCUCGGGCAAGUCCGCGGAUGGCCACGGCGUGGAGCAAAAUCAAGCCCCGGUCUGUGUUAGCGGCUGAUGAAAGUCCUGCAGGAGGGUCGACCAGGGAGGAUGGUAGGCUGAAUGCAGGCACUACCGAUAACAAACCCGUGGCUGCUCCCAUCGCAAGGGCCCUGCAGAAACGGGCUGCCGCCACGGCCAUGAACCUCAAGAUGCAAAAGAAGACGACCAACAUGCUCCUGGUGGCUGCUCUGACGGCCGUCUUGACCUGGUUCCCGACCAUUGUCGUCGAGGUCAGCAUACACAGCGUUCACGAGUGGCUCAUCUAUCGAGAAGACUGGCUCAAGAUCUUGACCUGCUUCAUGGGCUGGCUGUUCCUCUUCAAUUUCGUCACCAACCCCUUCGUGUACAGUCUCAUGAACAGCCGCUUCAGGGAGGACUGCAGCAAGUCAUUCCGUGACUGCAAGCUGUGUCGCAAUAAAACAGCGGUGGUUCAAAACGAAUAAUCGCAAUAAAUGUAACGGUCGCAUACCAUUUGGAAGAAGUUGUGGAAAUGAAGAUCUAUCUCAUCAAACUAUCGCCGACCAUAGCUCUUUGUUGACGAUGACAUAUUCAACUUUGUCAUGAGUACUGCUUUAACAGGUUUUUUUUUCUUGAUUUAGAUCGAUUGCCAUUUUGUUGUCCUGGGUGUCAUUGAAAAAAUACAUUUUGUUUGGAUAAAAAUACAGAAUUUUUUGAACGCAGAUAUAUUUUAAUAUUUUACCAACUUUUGAUUCGACAUAAACGCCGGACUAAAGAGAUGCUUAUGUGUAUACGCCUAUGCAUUUUUCUCUAGUGGAAACAAAACUGGUGUUUUAAAAUACAGAAAUGGUGUGAUUUAAUAUUCUUGUGUUAUAUUAUAUUGGGUAACACAACACCGAUGAUAUUCUUUAACUA